ACUUCGGAGGACACGGGUGGCCAUGUGAUCUUGUUUUCUUUUCUUAAAAAAUGCGGAAGUUGGAUGUGCAGCUUCUGGUCAAAACAAUCAAUCAACGGCAAUUCAAGGGAUAGGAGGUCUUCACCAAAAAAAACGAUUUACAAGGAUACAGUGGUAAGAGCAUAAAAAAUAGUGAAUCCUUAUAAAAAUGCAUUCAAAAACUUUCUAGAGAGAGAGAUAAGAAAACGAGAAACGCGCAAGCUAAAAUGCGAAGUGCGCCAGCAAGUCGUUGGCGCAAUUCUCGCUUUUGGAUUUUUUCGAAACAGAUUUUAAUGAAUUCUAAGACCAAAUUACUGUAGUUGGAAAAAAACAGAACGCCAACGGAAUCAGAAUUUUAACGUUAAAACAUAAAAUAAUUUUUCCACUACAAGAGAAACGUGACAUUGCUGAUCAAAAAUGUAAAAUAUACCACGUUGCAAGUCAAUCUUCUCCACCAGAGUUUUAAAAAAUCAGUUCGAAUUUCAACGAAAAUCGCAACGAAAAAGAGCCAUGAGUCGUACAAUUUGGUUGGUGAGACAUGGACAACGCGUGGACAAUGUGGACAAGAAGUGGAAGGCGAACAACGAUGCCAAAUGGGAUGAUCCGGAGCUCACUCUCCGCGGGAAACAACAAGCCCAUGAGGUUGGAAAGCACUUUGCCAACAUGAAUAUCGAGGCGAUCGUGGUUUCUCCAUUCACAAGAUGCAUCGAGACGGCAGCUCAAAUCGUUGCAAUGAUGGAGAACAAGGCGAAGAUUUGUGUUGAGCCAGGGCUCAUGGAGCCGCUGUAUCUUUGCAAGAACCCACCAACCAUCCCAUCUAUGGACAAGAUCAAAGAAUACUCUACUCAAGUCGACGAAAGCUACAAACCAGUGUUCGAGAAGCUUCCGAUUUCCGAAAUAUCAUUAUUGUUUUCCGAAAUAUCAUUAUUGUUUCCCAUGGUACUCCACUGGCAAACAUCCACGCUUUCUUGAAGGGACACUGGAAGUAUGUUGGACAGUGCACUAUUUCCAAGGUCACUGACAUGUAUGGACAGUCAUUCCGUCUCGACUACUGGUCGGACAAGAAACACUUGACUCAGAAGGGUGAUCUGCUCGAGGAUGAGGUCAUUGUGCCACGUGCAGCCCCACAAGCUUAGCAUCUCAAUGGACGAAUGGAAUCUGAAAACUUAACCGAUUGAUCUUUUAGAAUCGAAUAAAAUGUUUGUAUGUAGCUUU